AUGGCCGAUGCCAAUCGCUACCAAGCUUCAGAUGCUGAAUCAGACACCGAACAGCCGCAACCGCAACCACAGCAACAAGAGAAACAGCAACCCGUCGCACAGCAGCAAUACCAACCCCAACAGCAACAACAGCAGCAACCGUAUCCUUAUGCCUACGCGCCGCCAGCCACCCAGCAACAACAAGUCGUGGCCCGACGAACGGGCGACCUCGGCGGCCGCACCGGCGCCAUCCGCGAGUCCCGCAUCAAGGACCGCCCGCAGCCCAAAGAGCAGCGGGACAACAGUCUGAAGAUCAAGAUCGAGCUGGAUCUCGAAGCGGAGGUGGACCUGUACGCUCGCGUCAAGGGUGACGUUACAAUAGGCUUGAUGUAA